CAUUCUCAUAGAAGCCAAGCCAAUCAUAGCCAGCACACUAUUCUCUUUAUCUUAGCUCUCUUCCUCCCUGAGUUUUUAGUACUCAAAACUUGGUCCAUCUUUUGUUCUCUCAUAUAUUUCCAACUCCACCGAUCAGUUUUGAAGCCACGGUUUGCUUCAAACUUCCCAGUCGGAGCUGGUGGCGCGCGAUUGCAUGGAGUUGUAGCACAUUUUGAUCAUCAAGAAGUUGAUCAUUUCUGGGUGAGGUUUCAGGGCUACUGAACUCCCAACUGGGUUUUUCCAUUUCAUUGAAAAGAAAAUAUAUCACUGAAGAUCAUCAUGGGAGAAAUGACUGGCUUCCAAUUGGGAGUUAUUGGUGCACUGUUUCUUUCAGUUGCAUCAUCUGUCUCCAUUGUUAUAUGCAACAAAGCUUUGAUGAGCAAUCUUGGCUUCCCGUUUGCAACAACACUUACCAGUUGGCAUCUGAUGGUAACUUUUUGCACUCUUCAUGCGGCACAACGUCUCAAUUUUUUCGAGAGUAAGUCGAUUGACAUGAAGACUGUCAUGCUGUUUGGCAUUCUAAAUGGUAUUUCAAUUGGUUUACUCAACUUGAGCCUGGGAUUCAAUUCCAUUGGGUUCUACCAGAUGACCAAGCUUGCAAUUAUACCAUUCACUGUGUUGUUGGAAACUCUUUUCCUUAAAAAGCAAUUUAGCCAGAAGAUAAAGUUUUCUCUCUUCCUAUUACUUGUUGGAGUUGGGAUUGCUUCCGUGACAGACCUCCAGCUCAAUUUUGUUGGAACCAUUCUCUCUCUUUUAGCCAUCAUAACAACCUGUGUUGGCCAAAUUCUAACAAACACAAUUCAGAAAAGGCUCAAUGUAUCUUCUACGCAGCUACUCUACCAGUCAGCCCCUUUUCAAGCAGCUAUUCUUUUUGUAUCAGGCCCUUUGGUGGACCAGUACCUCACCAAGCAAAAUGUCUUUGCCCACAAAUACUCUUCCAUAGUCAUGGUAUUCAUCAUCCUUUCAUGCCUCAUAGCUGUGUCUGUGAACUUCAGCACCUUUCUAGUAAUUGGCAAGACAUCCCCUGUCACAUAUCAAGUGCUAGGCCACCUCAAGACAUGCCUUGUUCUGGGCUUUGGCUACACAUUACUUCAUGACCCCUUCACUUACAGGAACAUAAUUGGAAUUCUGGUUGCCAUUUUUGGGAUGGGAUUGUAUUCAUAUUUCUGCUUACAGGAGAACAAAAAGAAGCAAGCAGGUGACCUCUCUCUGGGCUCCCAGAUUAAAGAUAAGGAUGGCAUUCCACUUUUGAGUAUAGAUAAAGAUGGUCAUGAGGUUAAGAAAUCAACCAAGAACUCGCUUGUUUGAUUGAUAGGGAACUUUUGAUCAUGGUUUCAUCUUUCAUGUGUUCAUUACACUCUGAAUUUUCAGUCUUCAAGACAUUUUGAUGGGUGUAAAUGUUUUUCAUUCUUUUUUUUUAGAGGUGGAGGGGAGAGACUGAAAUCUUCUUGUGGGUGUAAGGGUAAAGUGCUCUACUACUAGAGUCAGAAAUCCCACAAAAUGUUUUUUAUUCUUUGAAUUAAUAAAUAUGCCAUUUUCAAAAUCAA